AUGCCGCUCAAAAUGUCGUAUAGCACGGAUCAGUCCGGCGCUUCCAGCAUGCUCCACUCGCCCGCCUCACCUUACCCACAAUCCGAUCACCAAACUCCCUUCUCUAGCCCUGACGGGUCCGUCUUCGAUCUGGCCGACGUCGAUGAGCACCUUCUGGCCUCAUUGUGCGGCGGCAUUCCGCUCGAGGACAUUCAAGAGACGCUGGUCAGCAUCGCGCACCGCGCCGGGCAGAUGAUCCUCGCCGCCGACCCCACCGUGGACGACUCUGAUACCAAGAACAACUCCAGCGACCGUGUCACCGCAACUGACAAAGCCGUCGAGGACAUGGUCCACCACGUCAUCCACACGACUUACCCCAAGUUCGAGUUUCUGGGUGAAGAGACGUUCAAGGAAGGCACCAAGUUGACUGACGCCCCCACCAUCGUCGCCGACCCCAUCGAUGGCACCCUCAACUUCAUCCACGGCUUUCCCAACGUCGCCGUCUCCCUCGCGCUGACCGUCGGCCGCAAGCCCGUUGUUGGCGUCGUCUACAACCCCUUCCGCGGCGACCUCUUCACCGCCAUCAAGGGCAAAGGCGCAUACCUGACCCGUCCUGACGGCCGCCGCAUCCCCCUCCCCGUCAAGCGCAACCCGCCACCCAUGAAUUCGCUCAACGACUGCCUCGUCGCCGUCGAAUGGGGCAAUCAGCGCAGCGGGCCGAACUGGGAGCUCCGCGCAUCCGUGCACAAGAAGCUCCUCUCGUCCAAGGACAUUGGCGGCGCUAUGGUCCACAGCGUGCGUAGCUCCGGAUCCGCCGCUCUCGACUUCUGUUACGUCGCCGCGGGCUGGCUCGACGUCUACUGGGAGGCCGGUGUCUGGGUCUGGGACAUCUGCGCCGGCUGGCUGGUCGUGCAAGAGGCUGGCGGUCUGAUCGCGAGCGCCAAUCUAGGCGACUGGGAUCCGGAGCUCGAGGGCCGCUGCUACCUCGCCGUCCGGGGUGCGUCUGGGCGCGAUGGCCAGAGAAAGGUUGUCGAGGAGCUGUGGGGCCUGAUGGAUGGCCAGAGCUUCACUUAUCCUGUCGUGAAGAAGUGA